UUGUGAUUCUGGAAAACUGGCAUGUGCACUGUGAAGAAAACUUAUGGGACAAGACAAGUAGAAGAUCAAGAAUAAUAAUAUUGGGGAUCUCCUGGCACCCUCCUGGGGAGUACAUUCCUCCUCACGUAUCUUUCCUGGAAGAUGGAAAUCAAGACAUGGAUUCAAAGGGAGUGUGAGCUGUGGAGGCACUACGGCUAAUCUGCCCAAGCCUAGCUGACAAAAGCCCAGAUCACGCCACCCAGCCCAGCCUUCCUGGGGAUGGAGCCGAACCACACGUACCUGCAGCCUGCGCAGCCCACACUAGCAGAUGAUGGAGAUUACAAAUGUGUGAUAGAUGUCUCUGAUGUGGCCCUGGAUGGUGCCACGCUGCUCAUCUGCCCAUGCGGGCUGGUGGGGAAUGGGGCCGUCCUCUGGCUCCUUGGCUUCCGCAUCCGCAGGAAUCCCAUUACCGUCUACAUCCUCAACCUGGCCUUUGCAGACUUCACCUUCCUCCUCUUCAUGCUCACCUCAGCCCUGUUAUACAUCAUGGAGAACGUCUCCUGCUCCACUUUAGAGUUCUUGAACUACCUGAGGCCACUUUUCCUGUUGUCUCUCUUUGCCUACAACACAGGCUUAUAUCUCCUGACAGCCAUCAGCGUUGAGAGGUGUGUCUCUGUCCUUUGUAGAAACAGCUACCACUGCCACCGUCCCGAGCACUUGUCAACCACUGUAUGUGCCCUGCUCUGGGCUCUCUCUGUCUCUGUAAUUGCUGUAGUGACUUCUCUCUGCAUGUCUCACCAACCUGAACACUGCCAACUGGCUCUCAUCUCUAUGUAUGUCCUCAAUUUCUUCAUCUUUGCUCCACCCAUGGUCCUCUUCAGCACAAUCCUGUUCAUUAAGGUCCGAUGUGGCCCCCGGCGCCAUCACCCUGGGAAGCUCUAUGUCGUUAUCUUCUUCACAGUCCUCUUCUUCCUUCUCUUUGCUCUUCCCCUCAGCAUCUGGAACUUCCUACAGCAGUUUAACUAUGUCACUGGGCAGUCCCAGAUUGUUUUCUUGCUAGUCUGUAUCAACAGCAGCAUCAACCCGUUUAUCUACUUCCUGGUGGGGAGCUACAAGAGGCAUUGCUCCUUCCAGAUAGUCACCUUGAAGGUCGCCUUCCAGACGGUCUUUGAGGAGUUGGGAGAUCACACAGCAUGCGAUGAGGAUACUACAAUGGACACACUACCCCCAGUCUGUUAGUCUUUCCACUGUUCAGCUUCAUGGUUCUGGACAAAGGAUGAGGGUUUCUUAAGUAACUGGAUUAAAUAAAUUUUGUCUGUAUUAAUUUUCCUAAAGGCACCACCAGCAUUGUAAUUCUGUUCCCUAGAGGAAACCAGGGCUGAUCUCUGUAGAAGGUCGAUGUGGGGAAAGAAGCUCUAUGGGAAGAAAGUGUGUUGGUGCACAGCUUUUCUGCAUCCCCAUCAGCCCACAUCAGUUCCAAAAGUUCCCCCCCUUAACAGAAACAUACCACAGAGGAUUAUGUUCCCAUUUCACACAGUCAACAGCUUCUGCUGACUGGGGUGGACAUUGCAAUUGGGAAACUCUGCCCCAUAUUCAGACUAGGGGUAAAACAUAGUCAAUGUCCUAAGCUCUACUCCUCUGUCUCACCUCCAACACCACACUUCUGCUCCCCUCCUAUUUCUAAAAAUGCUGACUAUGGAGGUUGGAGGGGUCAUCAUUCCCCACACAACACUCUGCCAGUACCCCUCAGCCCUCUCCUCACAUGGAUACUCCUUUUUGUGUCUCGGUGCUGCUUGAUACCAAUAAACAGCAUUGUGUACCCUUGAA